UUUUUAUCGACAUCGUCGAUUCUGCGUGCAAAGUGUGUCUCGACGUGCGUACACAAUGUGUAUUGUUGUUUCUCAUUUAUGGAAAACGAGCAAAGUAGCGACGAAUAAGAAGAGGUUUACACUACAAAUUAGUUGACUUUGCAUGCAAUUUUUGUUCAAAAUUUAUUCGACGCGAGCGAGUUUUUUUUAUCGUAAUAAUCGCUCUAGGCGACAGGACACGUCUCUUUGUACCGUGCUGCGAUCGUAAUACCGACGACUACGGUACAUAAAUUAUGGUCGUACCGUAAUCGAUAAAUAGAACCAUGCGCGCACUUCCUUAGAAAUAUAUAGAAUUUUAGGUCUUGUCAGGGAACAAGUUGUUUUCAAUAAAUUAUUGACCUUACGCAAUGCGCUCACAGUUUACACGUAUUCUUUCCCGUUCCCGUAAAGCUCGUCGUUUUUGAGAAAAAUAGGUAAGACGAUUCACGUUUAAAAUGGUGUAUCUUACAUUUGGUCAAACAGUUUCAAAUAAUUUCAGCGUCUUCGAAAAAUUGGUUGAUAAUGAUAAAAUCACCGUGUGUGGCUGAACCGAGGAAAAACUCACGAACCGGAAGAUAAGACGUUGCGAGCAAAAACGAGUUGAAUGAAUUCAGAUAUCGAGUAUGCGUGGUUAUCGUAUUGGCGAUACCAUAAUCGUCCAGGUUGGAUCGAGAAUGAAGCUAAGGUUUUUGAGUACGUUUGACGAUUGAAUGAUGGGAUUGGUAGAGACGGAAGCAGAAGGAGUGGAACCAAUAAUAAGGAGAGCGCUUUUUGAGGGAUUUAAAUUUAAAUCAUACGAUACAGACUAGAUUCGUAUCUUGUCGAGGUCUCGUACUAAUUUAAUAACCACUUGUCGUACCCAAGUUAAUUUGGGUAACAUAUUCGCCGGAUAAAUAAGUGAAACCAUGUAACGAAAAUAGUAACAUAGCGACUAAAAUGGUAGAAAAUAAAAUAAAAGGUGGAAUAUAAAUAUUAUGUUAUCUAUAUUAUGUUACUUUUUCCUUUUUUUUUUCUUUGAUGUACAAAAAGAGUUUAAUUCCCUUCGAAAACGAAAAAAUUACAGGUAAAAACGCGUGUCACGAUAAUCGUUCACCGCACGAUCGACAAAAGCAACCAAAAGACUGCACGGAAGUCGAGAGUAUCAUAAAGAGUCCAUGGACCGCAACGCGUAAUUGAAUAUUUGACGCCCAAGAGAAAUUGUACCGGUCGAAGAUGAGCAAAUUACUGUCAUCAGCAAACGAAAUAGGUGGAAAACGGCUUGGAAGAUUACUGGUGCGGUUUGCACGGCUACAUGGUCGAAUUAUCGUCAGAAAGUCAUUGCCACGGUCGCAAAAUAAGCGAAAACGUUUGGCACGACAGCGUAAAAAUUGGACAACCGCCCAUUGGAGAAGCUGUUUAACGGUUCUACAAAAGGAUGAUUUUUUUGCCUGGAUCAAGUAUAUUGGGAGACAAUUUUGAGAAGUACAACGCACACGUGGGCUUCUUUUUAAUUAAUUUUAACUGUGCCUAGGGUACGCAAGAGGGGACUCGAGGGAAGCCAAUGGAGGGACAAGAAUGUUGACUGGAGAAAAAAACGGAGCGUGAACGAAUAAUAAAAGGAAUUUCGCGGUCGAGGUAUCACAGCGGGGAAAAAAUAGCCGUGAAGGGUCAACGAGUACAGGGUGGAACACGUGCGUUAUCGGUAUCGGUAUCACGGAUCGGGGGCGCAGCGUGUGCACGCACGAGACAAUACAAGCGAAGCGGUAGUAGCGGUUGCAGGCGGUUACCGUAGCGCACCUGCGCCUUGGGUUGGGCCCAUUUUGCCCCCAACCUUUUACGGAAAGUACGAGGACGAUAUAAAACUGGUGGGGCGGAUUUCGGUCGGGCCAGUGAGCUUUCGGUGGUGGAACAUCGCACGCGCACGGGACCGCGCGCGUUCAAGUUCGACCAGAAACCGGGAACAACACGAGCUCGAUACAAACGAAUCGUUGUGAAUUUUUACCAACGAACGCGAGUUCUCGAAUAUUUACCGUGUUAUUCGAUCGUCGAUUUGGUUUGAAUUCCGGCCCGAAGAUGACCGGGAAAACGUGGUUGUUCUGGGUAACGUUCGUUCUAGUUGUAUACAGCAAAACUCGCGCCGAGGAGAACGUCACCGACGCGAUACGAUCUCUGCGGGAGCAAGUGAACGCUCUUCUGGACCACCGGCAACAGGAUUACAACGCUCUGGAGGGAAGCUUGAAGCGCGCGAUGGAAAAGAAUACAGAGUUGUUCGUCCUGAAGGACGAGGUGAAGCAACUCAGAAAGGAAGUGAACGCUCUUCGCGGCGGUAACGGAAACGAGGCGAAGAACGAGAGAUUGCGGGUACAAUGGCUAGGAAACGCGGUGACCGAGCUUCAGGGGGAGGUCGCGGAAGUACUAAUGACCAGGAACGCGAGCGAGGAGCUCGCCGAGAGGUCCAGGAUGAGAAGCGAGUUGUCUCUGUUGAAGAGCGACGUGGACGCGGUCGGUAGAGGCGUACGAAAUCUCGGCGGCAGGAUCACCAAGAUCGAGGCUGUCCUCGGCACGAUUCGCGUCGAUAUCGUGGCGGUCAAGGAACGCUUCGGUCAGCUCUCUCGCACCUGCGCCGACAUCGCCAGUCAGCUGAGCGCGGUCCAAGUCGAGGUGAAGUCCCUCGGGUGCGAAUUGUCGUCGGCCGAGUCGGGUAGACCGACGGCCCACCGCGACGAAAAGAAGUCGAGGAUCGAGGCCGAGUCGGGGAACGUGGAUCGUAAAAGCUUGGACGCGACGACGCCCAGGCGUCGGGUCCCGAGACGUCACGGUUACUGGCGACGAAGCGAGGAACGUCGAAUCCGGAUCGAGGAGCGUCUGAAGAACCUGGAACGCACCGCCUCUUUGCUCUCGCAGCGGCGAGCGUUGCUGGAGAAACGGAUCGUGUACGAGAACGAGGAAUGGCCGAUGAUCUUGAGCAAACGGAUGAAAGGUUUGGAGAAGAGCAUGGCCGAGCUGUACCGACAGAUCUCGAACAUCAGCGAGAAUGCAAUUGCCGAGCGAAACGUCGGCGAGUCGCUCGGUUUACAGCUGAUCGACUCGUUGCGAGUGCUGGGUGAGGCAGUCGAGAGAAACGACACGGCGACCAAGCGGGAAUUGGUACGGCUAGGCGUGAACGCGGCACAAAAAGGGGCUGAACUAUCGCUGACCAGGGAAGAGCUGAGCAAUUUGCGUCGAGCCGUUCAGGCGUUGAGCGUGAGCGCGUCGAAGCUUCAGGAGAGAAGCGACGGCCAGCAGGAGGCGAUCGAUCGCCUGAACGGCACCUGCCUGGGUGCUUUGGAUAAAUGCUUCGCCGCCCCGGAGCCGGAAACGGAGUCGUUGCCUUCGAACAUGCUCGAAUUAGAGCUAGAACUCGAGCAACUGGACGACGAGUAUCAUUUGAUCGCGGACAGUUUGCCGACCGAUUGCGAAGAUCGGGACGGACUUAGGCUUUUGGGGGUGGGUCGAGCUCGCAAACCGAUGCUGGCUUACUGUCGCGACGGUUGGAUGGUGAUCGCCCGUCGUCGCGACGGCACCCUCGAUUUCGAUCGCAACUGGCACGAGUACUCCCUCGGUUUCGGUUCGCCGGUCGGCGAGUAUUGGAUGGGCAACGAGUUGCUCCACAAACUCACCCACGACGGUUGCGCCAAGCUGCGAGUCGAUCUGUUGGACAUUUACGGCGAACGUUGGCGCGCCGAAUACGACUCGUUCGUGGUCGAUUCAGCGGCCAACGGGUACAGACUGUACGUGAACGGUUACGCCGGUAACGCGACGGACGCGCUCUCCUAUCAGAACGGGAUGGGCUUUAGCGCCAAGGAUCGCGACAUGGAUCUCAGCAAGGUCCACUGCGCCAGCAACUACCACGGCGGAUGGUGGUUCAGUCGUUGCCAACACGCGAAUCUUAACGGCAAAUAUUCCCUAGGAUUGACUUGGUUCCGUUCCGACACCGAUCGAUGGAUGUCGAUCGCCACCUCGGAAAUGUCCGUCCGUAAAAACCCAAACUGUUGACGAUCGCGUUAGCGCUCGUUGACAAAUCUUUCUUCGCGAUACCAAAGACUUUCGAUUACGUUACGUUAGAUUAUAUUAGGUGUAAGCGCGCGCUGGAUUUCGAUGCAAGC